AUGGCCGCUCUAGCCAGAGUGAAUCCUACGAUUGCUCAACCAGCUUUCCGUGCCAAUGAUCCUAUUGCAGCAGUUCGAUUGAAGGCUUCCGAAACAUCAUCAGUGAUGUGCUGCUCUACAGCUCAGCAUGAGAUGCAUAGUACGACCACAGUGAACGCCAAUGCGUCGUUAUUGGCUACCAACUUUCAUCCGCCUAUCAUCUCAGUGUCAAUGGAAUGCAGGCCGUGGAGAAAUUUCAGCCGUCCUUUCUUCCGCAAUAGUACUGUGGCCACCUCUUCCGCACACAGUGCACUCUGGACUUCCAAGACCAGCCCAGGGACUGUCGGCGCUUUGCCGAGUGCAAGGAUGACCCGUGCUGGCCCCACAGCACCCACACUGGCUCAAACACCGUCCGCCAAUUCGACUAUCCUCAUGGGUACAGGAACGCAGGCCCGUGGUGGUAGCCUCUCAUUUCUCUUGGCUGCUGUUGUCCUCCUCUCCUUUCUUUGGUUUCUUUGA